AAUCAACCACGAGCCUGCCACGCUCCCACCGUCCACGUGUCAUCAAUCAAUGGUACUAUCCUGUCACUAGCCACGCUUUUACUCUCACUCCCUUCACCAUUCAAAACCCUCCAAUUCUUCUCCCUCCUCUUCAAUCUUCCACGGUUUGCAAAAAUCUCUGUUUUUCUUUUCCCUUUUCGUCAAAAGCUUCAUUUUUUCUUUUGAGCCAUGUUGCUGAAAGCUGCUUCAGCCUUUUCUUUGUUGAAUCCUCAAGUGGAAAAUCUGGGUCCCCUGUGUUCCUCUAUUUCUUCAUCUCAGACCUCCCUUUUCAAUUCUUUUUCUUCUUCAAUUCUUCGGCUUUCUUCUCCAAGAAAUGGAACUGGGUCUGUUGUACUUUGCGCUACCAAAGGACACAACACCAAGCCCCUAACCGGUGUCGUUUUUGCACCCUUUGAGGAAGUCAAGAAGGAGCUUGAUCUUGUCCCCACUUUGCCUCAAGUUUCUCUGGCUCGUCAAAAGUUUACCGAUGAGUGUGAAGCUGCUAUCAACGAACAAAUCAAUGUCGAAUACAAUGUCUCCUAUGUCUACCAUGCUAUGUUUGCCUACUUUGAUAGGGACAACAUUGCACUCAAGGGUCUUGCCAAGUUCUUCAAGGAAUCGAGUUUAGAAGAGAGAGAGCAUGCUGAGAAAUUGAUGGAAUACCAGAACAAACGAGGUGGAAAAGUGAAGCUGCAGUCCAUAUUGAUGCCCCUCUCUGAGUUUGAUCAUGCAGAGAAAGGAGAUGCAUUGUAUGCAAUGGAGCUUGCCUUGUCCCUGGAGAAACUAACAAAUGAAAAGCUCUUGAACUUGCAGAGUGUGGCUGAACGGAACCAUGAUCCGCAAUUGACAGAUUUCAUUGAAGGCAAAUACUUAGCUGAGCAGGUGGAGGCCAUCAAGAAAAUAUCAGAAUAUGUGGCUCAGUUGAGAAGAGUUGGCAAAGGACAUGGAGUAUGGCACUUUGAUCAGAUGCUUCUCCAUGAAGAAGCGGAAGCUAUUGCAUGAAACUGGACCGGCUGCCUGGUUCCACGUCAGAGGUUGUUCUAUAAGGGUCUUGUGUCAGUGGUUCGUUGCAGAGAGAUUUUGGUUGUAAGCUGUAUAAUUAGUGCAGAAACUUUGUGUUGAUGAUAAGAGCUAAUAAGGGAUAUAAGUCCUCUUAAUCAAAAUUCUUUUUCGUGUGCCGCAUUAAUGACAGUAUUCUUCGUUUAAAUCCUGCAACGUUAAGCAGAUAGCUCAAAGGAAAAGUUUGAUAAUAACUGGAACCUAACCAUAUGGCCAGGAGUAGAGGUGUUUAUGAGUUGGGUUUAGUAGGUUAUAACUUUUUUUUUUUGGGUUAUUUUAGGAGGAUAAAUUCUUAGUAAAGUUUUGAUUCGAAAUCAGAUUUUUAAUAUUUUUUCAAAUAUUUUUAAUCAUUAAGUUAAAAGCUUGGGGAU